GUACCAAACUGCAAAAGAUCCACCCCCUCCCUGCAAACGUCCCACUCUAUAAAGGAAACCAACAACGCAGCGCUUCCCCACCACCACUCCCACCACUUCGAGCGCCUCCUCCUGUCUCGCCCUCGCCCCCCGUCCCCUCGUCGGCGCCCGAUCUAAGUCAAGAUGAGUCGUGGCGGGAGUGCUGGUGGUGGUCAAAGUUCUCUGGGUUACCUGUUUGGAGAUGGUGAGCCUGCAAAGCCCGCUGCAGCACCAGCUGCGAAGCCCGCACCUGCUGAGAAACCAGCACCGGCAGCUGCUGAUGUAGCCAAGCAGAUUCCAGCUGGCAUUCCAGGUAGCCGGGCGAACAACUACUACCGUGCAGAUGGCCAGAACACGGGCAACUUCCUUACGGACCGUCCUUCAACCAAGGUUCAUGCUGCUCCUGGCGGUGGCUCCUCCCUGGGCUACUUGUUUGGCGGAAAGUGAUGUUAAUGAUGCUGCUUAAUGAACGAACGAUGAAUUGGCCUGUAUCUCUGUUAUCCAUGUGGUGAAAACUGGAAGUGUUUGGUUUCAGCAGUUUACCACCUGCGUCGAUGUACUCUGUCUGUAUGAUUCAUUGUGUCCAGGCUGACCUCCUGCUUGGAAGCCAGCUUGCCUAAAACCUGUCGCUUUCAAACUAAUCUUGUUCAUCUCAAAACUUGGUGUGCCUAAUUCUUUGUUUGCCUGCA